AUGCACAACUUUCAAGUAUCUAAAGAGAUCGCACUACUGGGGCUCUUAUUGUUUGUACUGGGUCUGGCAGUCGGGCCUAGUAUUCUCUGGGCACUGCUGUCUGAGGAAUAUGGCAGACAAUAUUUGUUCAUCAGCACUUAUGCGGCAUUCGUGGCCUUUACUGCUGGGGCAGCCGUAUCGAAAAACGCCCAGACCCUGAUCAUUCUUCGUUUCUUUUCUGCCUUCUUCGGGGCAGCACCAUACACGAACGCGAGCGCUGUCAUUGCCGACAUGUUUCCUGCGUCUGAACGAGGCCUCGCCAUGACUAUUUUCGGAGCGGCGCCGUUCCUCGGACCUGCGAUAGCUGCUGGUGGUUGGCGGCGGAUUCAGGGGCUCAUGGCCGCCUUCGGCGGUGUCAUCUUCAUCUUGUGCUGUGUCUUCGUGCCAGAGACGUACGCACCUUAUUUGCUCCGUCGACGAGCAAAAAGGCUAGCUACAGCAACCGGAAAAUACUUCAGAUCUUCUUUCGAGAUCCACCAGGGAAGGAAGACAUUCGGCCAAGAGCUUGCGCGUGUACUCGGUCGACCAUGGGUUCUCCUGGUCCACGAGCCGAUAGUCUUGCUCAUGACGAUCCACUUGUCAGUAAUUUACGGGACUCUGUACCUAUUCUUUGCGGCUUUUCCCAUCGUCUACCAAUUACAGAGGGGCUGGCCUCCGGCCAUCUCCGGUUUGGCCUUCCUCGGGACGGUCGUGGGAAUGUGCGUCUCGAUACUCUACGUGGCCUUGUACGACAACAAGCGAUAUGCUCGGAUCAUUCAAUCAAAUAACGGCGCUGCUCCCCCGGAGGCACGGCUCCCCGUGGCUAUGCUCGGUGCAGUGCUCGUCACUGGGGGCCUGUUCUGGUUUGCAUGGACCAACGGCUUUGACGUACACUGGAUCGUCUCCAUCGUUGCAUCAGGCUUCUUCGCUGCAGGAAUGGUUCUUGUGUUUGUUGGCGUUUGUAAUUACUUGAUCGACUCUUACGUCCUCUAUGCGGCUUCGGUGUUGGCUGCCAAUACUGUGGUGCGGUCCAUCUUCGGCGCGGCAUUUCCUUUAUUCACUGAGCAGAUGUACAACAACCUCGUGUAA